AUGCUUCCGACGAUGGCAUUUUUUAUUGAUUCAAUUCUGCUCUCCGCUAAUUUUAUUACGGAACACGCAUUGUUCUUUGGUGCAAUAAUAUUUGCAAUAUUAAUUGCUUGUAAGCUUAAUGCCCAUUUUGCCAAACCUGUCAGUACUGAAGAUACCAGCGACAGCGAAAGUGAUCGCUGUGAUGUUUCACCAAUUCCUGAAAAAGAAGAAGAAAAUAGCGAUUUAGAUCGUUCAAACAAUCGAACUUCUUUGGGAUUAGUGCGCUGUCGACGUUUGGAAAAAGAUAGGCGAACGGUGGAUUGGGUUCGAGAUGCUCGAAAAAUUUGUCGCAAAUUAAUGUUUCAAAAAUCAUAUUAUCUAUCAUUAUCAUCGGAUAGUAGCGAACAUCUUCUUUUCUCACGAAGAACACCAAUAAGGCGUCGACAUUCCAAUGUUGGUCCAUUUCAGCUUGCUCGUGCUGCCAAAGACUUCAUUGUUCAUGGUAGUAGCGCAAAAUUCCAGCGACAGCUUUCGGAAAUGACAAAAAGGAAAUUACCUAAACCGCCAUCUCAAUUUUUUGAGCCCUCAGAAGUUCCAAUUAUUCCACAAAAUGAGAAACCAGAAGUAUAUUAUAUUUUACACAAUAUCAAAAUGUUAGAAUUACCGUCGGAAUGGUAUGCACAAUGGAAAGGUUUGAUCGUAGAAGAAUACAAGGAAAAUGAUUAUCUGAUUAGACCUGGCGAUAAAGAUAAUCACAUUGUUGUUGUCUUAGAAGGGGUCAUUGCUGUCUUUAUAACGCAUACUGAAGGAAAAGAACUUAUGGUUCGGAAAAUUACAGUUGGUGAUAGCUUCUUCAGUCUUCUAUCAAUUUUGGAUGUUUUAAUGAACCAUGAAAUAAUUUUCCGGAAUAUAUCAGUAAGAGCUUUGACGGAAUGCCGAAUUGCCAGAUGUAGCACGAAUAGUUUUCGGGAUUCAUUCAUUAAGAAUCCUGAAUUUUGGGUUCGACCAAUUCAAAUUGUCUUAACACGAUUGCUACAUGUUACUUUAACAACACUUCAUCAAUAUCUCGGUUUAAGCAUCGAAUUAGUGAAAAAGCGUCCUGAUGAAAAGCGUAAUAUGGAUGAGCGUCAUCGACAUCUAUCUGGAAUUACUUCCUCAAAUCGUCUGCAAGGCAAAAUACGAUCACGUACUCAUCGUCUAAAUAGCAUUGAUGAUUCGAAGGAAUAUUUGGCGACAGCACAGCGAUGGUUUGCUGAAGUACUUCAUCUAGGUGUUAGUCCUGAAGCGAUAGCACUUUUGGCAGGUCGUGUAACCAUUGAAAAUGUCCCCGAGAAACAUCUUAUUGUAGAGCAAAAUUCUGAAGAUGAAUUAUUAAUUAUGGUUCUCAGUGGUUUUCUAAGUAUUUCACAGGAACCAAUUGAUGGAGAAGAUGAGAAUAUAGAUGAAGAGCAGUUUUUCAUAUAUCCACGCGAACUUAUCGGCGGAUUACAAUUACUUACCGGUGAACCAUGGUUUGUUACCGUUCGAUCUCAUACGUGUGCAAUAUACGCAACUAUUUCGAAAAAAGAUUUCUUCGAAUUGGUUGAUAUCCAUCCGGAAAUUGUAUUGCCAGUCGCACAUUCAGUUAUUCGACGACUAAGUUCUUUCGUUCGACAUGUAGAUUUUGCAGUUGAUUGGGUCCUGCUUGAUUCCGGACAGGCUGUUUACAGAAGUGGUGAUGUAGCUGACUCAAUAUUCGUCCUUUUAAGUGGACGACUUCGAUCUGUAGAAAACAAAAAAGUAAUCGAAGAGUUUGGACGAGGUGAUGUUUUGGGAAUGAUUGAGGUUCUGCAGCGAGUACCGCGAGCCACCACUGUCCUUGCAAUUCGUUUUUCACAAUUAGCACGACUUCCUGAAGGCCUUUUGAAUUUUAUUAAAAUAAAGUUCCCACAGGUUGGAUUUCGUCUUGUCCAUUUGCUGGGUCAGUAUUAUACUUCAUCGAUACAAAGUACAUCUACAUUUAGAUGCGGGUACAAGGAUGGCCUUUCAAUGACAACAGGCGACCCACAGAGUCAUAUUAAAAAUUUGCAUACUAUUGCUGUGGUAGCUGCAACACCCGACGUGCCAUUAACUGCAUUUACUUGUGAGUUAUAUCACGCCCUUACAGCAAAUUUGCGAGUUCUGCGAUUGAGCAGUCAGAAAAUAGCCGAACUACUGGAUGUUAGUGUGCUAGAAAAGCAAGCAGAUUUUCGCCUUAUGCAUUGGCUUAAUUUGCAAGAAGAUACCUAUCCGUUAAUUAUCUAUGAAUGUGACACAAGCGCUACAAGCUGGACACGACGUUGUCUUCGUCAAGCAGAUGCAAUAUUAUUCGUUGCUAAUGGUGAACAGAAACCAUUUCAACAAUCAUUGAUGGAUGAUUAUUUGAAUAUGAAUGAAGAUGGUAUUCGAACAAACAAGGAAUUGAUCCUUCUCUGGGAUGAAAAAACUGUAGAACCACAAGGAACUAUUGAAUGGUUGAAAGGGAGUUGGUUUUCGGGUCAUCAUCAUAUCCGCAUUCAUAAACGGAUGGUACAGUGGGAUUUGAAGAAGGUAUCUGAAUCCGACAUUGUAUCCUUUUAUGAGCAAAACAUUUAUGGUGGAAAGGUUGACAGUGGGUCAGAUUUUUCAAGACUAGCUCGAAUACUGACUGGAAAUGCAAUUGGUGUUGUGCUCGGUGGAGGUGGUGCAAGAGGUGCAUCUCAUGUUGGUGUUCUGCGUGCAAUACAGGAACACGGUAUUCCAAUUGAUAUGAUAGGAGGAACAUCUAUUGGAUCUAUGAUCGGUGGCUUAUACGCUCAAGAGGUUGAAGAUUUAGAACAGAGAGCAAAAAGUUGGUUCAUGAUGAUGGCUUCUAUUUGGCCAAAAAUAUGGGAUUUAACAUAUGCCCAUUCGGCGAUGUUUACUGGUGCUGGUUUUAAUCAUGGUCUUCAGGAUUUAUUCUCGGAUUCAUUAAUUGAAGAUUUGUGGAUACCUUAUUUUUGCAUAAGCACUGACAUAAGUAAUUCGGAAAUGCGGAUACAUCGAACUGGUCCAUUAUGGGCUUAUUGUCGAGCAUCAAUGUCUUUGGCAGGUUAUCUUCCUCCAUUGUGUGAUCCAAUAGAUGGUCAUUUGUUGUUAGAUGGUGGUUAUGUCAACAAUUUACCAGCAGAUGUUAUGCAAUCUAUGGGUGCUAAGAUAGUAAUCGCGGUAGAUGUUGGUUCUGCUGCCGAAACGAAUUUAUACAACUACGGUGAUUCAUUGAGUGGAUUUUGGGUAUUGCUGAAAAAGUUAAAUCCAUUUGCUGAACCAAUCAAAGUUUUGAAUAUGGAAGAAAUACAAAGUCGUCUGGCGUAUGUCUCUUGUAUGCAACAGCUACAGUCAGUGAAGAAUGCAGGAUAUUGUCAGUAUGUACGACCACCUAUCGAAGAAUUUAAAACCUUAGAUUUUUAUAGAUACGAUGAAAUACGAGAUCUCGGCUAUAAACAUGGCGUAAAGCAGUUCGGAGAAUUAGUGAAGACAAAUGAAGAUUUGAAAAAUGUUAUCGAUGCUGAGAAAUUGCGUUCACUGAAACGACGUUAUUGGCGUCGGGAACCUUCAAAAUUAGCUAUGUAUGAUCGUGGCCGUGCUUCAUCAUUCACUAAUCUUGCCGCUCAGGUGUCAAGAGUUCCAAAAGUACGCGAAAAGAAUAGCUUAAAUGAUGAUGAAGUUGCGGAAGAUGAACUAUCUGAUGUUUGGUGGGAUGAGGAGGAGGAAGAGCAAGAACCAGAUGUGCACUCACAACCAGCCUAUAAUUCUGAGGAUGUUGAAUCUAUUGAGGCAGGUUACAUCAGUGAACCCUGCACUACUUAUCAGAGUAAAUACACAUUCAGUAGUGAAGAUGAAGUAAGCACUGAUAAAAAUGACACUGAUAAUAAUCGAAAACGAAAGACCACUUUAUCUGAAGUGAAUCAAAAUGGUGAAGAGAAGAUUGAAAUGCAAAAGGUGCCAUCAGAAAAAGGACCUACGGUACGAUUUGGAUUGUCAAAAUCACUAUCUGAUGAUAAGUUGCAAGAAAGUCAAGAUAUGGUGCUUAAUUCUGAUCGAUCUGAAACGAAAAUUGAUAAUAAUGCAAUGCAAUAA